ACCUAUUGAAUAAAUUGAGUGGGUGGGUGCGUGCUUGCUAGUUUCGAAAUAGGUAGGUACAAUAAAAAUCGAAGCUAAUAAUAUAAUUGUGAAAUACGAUAACUUUGAUGUUAAUAAUUUAGCCUACAAUUAUGGCAAAUUCAGGAAAGGGAACAUUUCAACCGGAUUCCGAUGUUCACAUUUCUUUUGAGGACCAACAGAAAAUAAACAAAUUUGCACGCCUCAACGCAAAGGUUGACGAUUUCAAAGAUGAACUCAAAGUAAAGCAAAAUGACAUGAAAAAUCUGGAAGAAGCUGUGGAUGAAUUAGAAUUAGUUGACGAUGACUGUGUGAAAAUUCCUUAUUUAGUUGGUGAAGUAUUUAUUUGCCAAAGUUUAGAGGAUACAAUGAAAUCUUUAGAAGAAGCCAAGUCCAAAAAGAAGAUUGAAAUAAGUGAAUUAGAAGGUAAAUGUGAAGAACUUAAAUCCCAAAUGAGUGAACUGAAAGCACAUUUAUAUGGAAAAUUUGGAAGUCACAUCAAUUUGGAAAAGGAAGAUGAUUGAGAAAAUAAUUAUGUAUUUACAUAUUGAUUUUAGUUUAUUUCUAAAUUUAACUAGCUGCAGCCCAGACUUUCAUAAAAAUAUAGCAAUACUUUUAACUUCCACAUUUACAAUAUUAUUUAUGGUAAUAGAUAGUGAAGAUUCUGGCACAUAUUCUAUCAAUCUAGUAUUUCAAUAAUAAAUAUUUGAUAUUUUUGUUACUGUUUUAAAUAGAAAUGAAGGAUGCAUCGUAAUGCAUGUUUAAUAAUAACGCUGAAUUAGCAAUCUGUAGUUCUGUAACAUGAAAGUUUACAGCUUUAUUAUUAUAAAUAAAUAUGGUUCUAAUAAAUUUGUAAUGUUGUAAA